AUGGACGAUAAGCGGUUCAAACAUAUAGCCAAAGACCCAAAAUUCCGAAGGAUACCGAAGGGCCAAAGCAAAGUGAAAAUCGACAAAAGGUUCCAAUCUAUGUUUACAGAUAAAAAGUUUCAAGUGAAAUAUACGACAGAUAAAAGGGGCAGACCUGUUAAACACCAUUCAAAAGAAGAUUUGAAGCGGUAUUAUGAGUUGAGCUCAGAAGAAGAAACCUCAGAAGAUGAGAGUGAAAAUGAAGCAGAAGUGUCUCCAAAAAGUAGUGAAAGUGAAGAAGAGAAACCAACCCUAGAUAUUGAGAAUACUGACGAAAAACUAUCCAAAACAAUCAAGGAUAAAUUACGAAACCUGACCGUUGAUUAUGCCAGAGGAGAAAGAACUUUGCAAUCAGAAAGUUCAUCUGACGAUGAAGAAACUGAUGAAGAAGUCUCAGAGUCUGAGCAAAUAGAUCAUAGAUGGGGCGAACUGGAUGCUGACGCAGGACAAACCGAAGAAGCGACAAAUCGAUUGGCUGCUUGUAAUUUGGAUUGGGACAGAAUUAGAGCUCUGGAUCUUAUGGUGCUUUUCAAUUCGUUUCUUCCAUCAGGUGGUAUUAUACAGUCUGUAGUGAUUUAUCCUUCAGAAUUUGGAAAGAAGCGGCUGAAAGAAGAAGAAACCAAAGGCCCAAUUGAGUUAGUUGAACCCGGAAAAAAUCACCAAUCUGACGAUGAAACUGAAGAAGGGUCCAAUUAUCACAUGGAAAAAUUAAGACAGUACCAACUCAACCGUCUAAAAUAUUAUUAUGCAGUCAUCACAUUUGAUAAUGCCAAUUCUGCUAAUAAAAUUUAUACAGAAUGUGAUGGUAUGGAAUAUGAAUCUAGUGCAACGAAAAUUGAUUUGAGGUUCAUACCAGAUGAUAUGACAUUUGAUGACCCCCCAAAAGAAAUGUGUGAUAAAUUGCCUGAAAAAUAUGAACCAAGAUUUUUCACUACGACAGCAUUGCAACAAGCUAAAGUGGAAUUGACUUGGGACGAAACAAAUCCAGAUAGAGUAGAGUUUGCUGAAAAAAUUAAUAGUGGUAAAAUGGAUGAUAUUUCUGAGCACGAUUUGCAAAAUUAUUUAGCUGGCAGUAGCGAUGAAGAAGACUUGGAUGAUGAGCAAGAUGGCUCUGAUUCUGAUGCUAAUUCACAAUCAGGUAAUGCUAUUGACAAAUACAAAGCUUUGCUGCAAGAUAUUCAAGUAAAAGAGGAAGAAAAGAAAAAUCAAGAUAUUGGGAUGGAAAUUUCCUGGGGAAUAGAUUUGAAAACAAAAACAGAUAAAUUGGCGAAAGAUAAAUUAAAAAAUAAUGCAGAAAAAACACCUUUCCAAGAGUAUUUGGAUAAGAGAAAAGAGAAACGCAAAGAAAAAAAGGAAUUGAAAAAGAAACCAAAGGAAGAUGAAUCAGAGAACAGCGACAUACCUUCAGAUAUUGACAUGAAUGAUCCAUAUUUUGCUGAAGAGUUUAACAACCCUGAAUUCAAAAAGAAACCCACAAACAAGAAAAACAUAAAAAAGAACGACAAUGAUACAGAAGAAGAUAAACAAAAACAAGCAGAGCUAGAUUUGCUUUUAAUGAACGGUGAAGAAACUAAAGAGAAAAAGCAUUUCAAUUUGAAGAAAAUCCAAGACAAUGAAAGUGAGAGUAAAAACAAAAAGAAGAAAAAGAACAAAAAACACAAUAACCAAGAAGAAAAAGAAGAGGACAAUUUCAAAGUUAAUGUUGAAGACAAAAGAUUCUCGGCCAUUUUCACUAGUCAUCAUUAUAACAUUGAUCCAACAGAUCCACAUUUCAAAAAGACAAAAGCAAUGGAAACGUUGAUACAGGAAAAAAUAAAGAGGCGCAAUGAAGGCAACAAUGACGCUAAAGAAACCAAGAAAAUGAAAACAGAAGGCAAAGGAAAGAAGAAAAAUGUUGAAUUAAAUAUGUUAGUUAAGAAUGCUAAAAGGAAUGCACAAUCUUUUAAGUAA